AUGUCACUCAAUGAAAAACCAAUCGAUCAUGAAAUCAAUCAACAACAGCAGCUUCAAAUAAAUAUAUCGGAUAAGGAUGACGAUGAUAACGAUGACCAUGUGAUGCCGAGACAUCAGACACAUGAGGAUACGAAACCGGAAAAUGAAAACGAAAUUAAACGAACACCUGACUGCCUAAGCUUAAGCUCAAGAAUUAUUCAGAUACUUAAUUCAGUCCACAAGAAACCGGCAACUCCUGAUUACACUAGAAUAUCACAUCAUCGCAUAUGCCAGCAGACUUCUUGCCGUUCAUUGCGCGUAUCGAAUGAGAACCUAAAGGGCCCUUUUUUUAUAAGUUUUAAGGAGAAGCCAGUAAUGAUCGAAACAAAUUAUUAUAAUGAAAGGUUUCGCUCGAGUUUUUUUGACCAAACAUUCUCGAAUCCACGAUGUAUUGGGAAAGGUUCAUUUGGUGAGGUGUUCAAAGCAUUCAGUAAAGACGAUAAGCGUUGGUAUGCUGUUAAAAUUACCGUGGAACCAUUCCGAAGCCCAGCAGAUCGUGAGGAUAAGUUGAGAGAAGUUCAAAAACAUGAAUUGCUUCCGAAGCAUCCAAAUUUAAUUUCAUUUGUGCGAGCAUGGGAAGAAUAUGGUUUUUUAUAUAUACAAACAGAGCUGUGCCAGUGCAGUCUCCUCGAUUACAAGAUGAAAGUGGGGAUUAUUCCCGAGAAAGAUUUGUGGCUUUUUUUUGGAGAUAUUGCACUGGCAGUGCGCUACUUGCAUAGUCAUGAACUUCUCCAUCUGGAUAUUAAACCACAGAAUAUUAUGGUUUCUUUUGAUGGAAUUUGUAAACUUGGUGAUUUCUCAUUAAUUGUUGACAUACAAAAGGAUUCGAGGGAAGAAGAAGGUGAUGGAAAAUAUCUGGCGCCUGAAGUAUUGCAAAGUGGAGCUCGUAAACCAAGUGACAUAUUUUCUCUUGGAAUGACAAUGGUUGAUAUUUGCACUGAUCUUGAAUUGCCUACUACAGGAGAUCUUUGGCAGGGAUUUCGGUUUAAAAGGAUUUAUCAUGAAUUUAUCAAAGAUGUUCCACCCGCUUUGCUGGAUAUCGUUUUGCUUCUGCUAGAAACAGAUCCUAGCAAAAGACCCACUGCUGAGGAAAUUUGCUGCAUUCCAAUGAUAGCGAAAUGCAUCCAUGAACGCCAGUAUAAGUAUCUUGAACGCAACAUGUGGUGGAUACUAUUAACAAUUGGUUAUUCAUCUCUUUUGGCAUCUUCGUGGAUUGUACAACCGGCACGUAGCACUAUAAUGCAUGCAACAACAUAUCUGAAAAGAAUGCAUAUAUAUCGUCAUCAACAUUCUGCAUUUCAUCGUGUCUUCAGAGCUACAUCUGAUGAGUCUCCGAUGUUUAAACAUGGAAUUAUUCCUCGUGUCAGUGACUCCUCACGGUUACAACUAAGAUUUGAGGAAGAUGACGAUGAUUAUAAAUAUGAUGACACUGAAACUGGCAGUGGUGAAAGAAUGGAGAUGAGUCAAAGUGAAGAUGAGUUGGUUAAUGUAAUGGAAACAUCUGCAAGCGAAGAAUUACGUUACGAUCAAACUGAAACAGUUUCAAGGAUGGAUGUUGAUACUCCCUCUUCAAGUAGUUUAGAAAGUGGCCAUGAAUUUGAGCAAAAUGGCUAUGGUGGAGAUACAAAUGGUUUAACUAAUUUAUUUCAUAACAAAACUACCUCUUAUCAAUUUGGAGCAGCAGGUGAUGUUUUUGAAAGCAAUGAUUGCAACAUUUCACACGGAGAAGAAAUUCCAGACGAACAGAUCUCUAAUAAGGAGAACAGCUUUACAUCAGAAGAUUUCGAAUUGCGGCGAGAUAUCUCUGCUUGUGACACUUUGGAGUAUGAAGAUCACGAACUGCCUAGUACUUCAGGAAGUAUUUCUGACAGACCAAAAUCUCCAGAACCGCCACCAUCGGACGAAGCAUCCCCCUUGCGUGACGGUUAUAUAACACCGCCAAGCAAUACAACGCCUUCACUCUUCGUAUGUAAAACACCAGCGCGAGGACGAUUUGAUGAUUCGGUUGAACAGAGACUGCGUCAUUACUAUUGGUGGCGUGAGUCGUUCAGGUCACCCACUCGGAGAACUCAUCAGGAAGCAAUAGAAACUACAGCUUCAAAAAAUGAUGCAUCGCCAGAAGCACCGAAUGAAAAUCAGUUAUCAGGAUUAGAAGCGGGCUUUGCCCAAUCUGUUGGUAAUGCUACUCGUCGAAGAGCUUAUUUUCAUAUGCGUGAGUCAUCACCAUCAGCAAAACGAGCUCAAAUUGAUAAUAAAGAAAAUACUGAUGAUGAUGAGGAUCAGAUAGAUGAUCCAAAGGUAAAGAAAUCAGGCACAGGUGCGAAAUGA